AUGGCCACGGCGGGCACUUCGGGUCUUGGCAAGAAGAAGAAGAAUCCAGGGCUCAUGGAUUCUUUUACAAAGAUCUUUGGAGGGGAGAAGAAGAAGAGGAGUAAGGGGUCAUUCCGGGGUCACCUGGCCACGUCACCCCAGCAGUCGUCCACCCGCCGCAGGACCAAUGAAAAUGCCGUGGUCCAAUUCUUCCGCAACAUUGUUUCUUCGCCUCGCCCUAAAUCAAAGUGGAGAGAUUUCUUUGGCUUGGCUUCAUCACCGCGUCCGGAGAGCACAAAAUCGCCGGUGAGACGACGCAAGGAACAAAGCACGCUGUCCAAACUUUUCAACCUGGGAGAAACCAAGUCCCGCCCCCCACCCAAACGCUGGAGCACCAUAUUCUGA